UUAUUUUCAGAUUUAGAAUUUAAAUGUAGAUUUUGAUAAAUCAGAUUACUUGAUAUUGAGUUUGUUACAAAGGUUCGACUGAGAACAUAUCUAAGAUAUCUAAGUCUGGAGAUAUCUCUGAUUUACCUGUAAACCUGGCCAAGAUGUCCAAGUCUGAAGAUAUCUCUGAUAUACCUGGAAGCCUGGAAAAUAUGUCCAAGUCGGGAGAUAUCUCUGAUUUACCUGGAAACCUAGCCAAGAUGUCUGUUUCUCCCCACAACAUUAAACACAAGUACACCUUGAACCUGAAGAAUAACUAUACUAAGUGCAGUACCUGCAGCUUUGACAUUGCUUUAACCAAGAAUGCAUUAUCAUGUACUGCUUGUAGCAAUCAUUGGUUCUGUAGUGCUAAGUGUGUGGAUCUAUAUCAGGGUGAGUAUUGUCUCCAUGUGGAAUUUACCAGCUGUAAUUCUCUGGAACUCUUUCAUUUAGCGAUCCUACGUUAUUAUGACAUGGAGACUCUGAACAUGGUUAAAGAGUACAUAAGUUCUCAAGAAGGAGUAUCCAGGAAGGAUAUGAAGAAGCUGGCUGAGGCAGGGGACUGGAAAGCUGCUCUGAUCAUAGGUUUAACCUAUGAGUUCAGGUUUGUCCUUGACUGGGAUGAAUGUGAGCUAGCACUCCGUCCUCCCUUCAUGAAGAGCCGACCUUUUAGUCACAGGAAAGCUAUAAAAUACUACAACAUGGCUGCAGAAGAGAACUCUAUUGAGGCAAGUGCUGGUAUUGUAAGGGCUCUUGGUACACAGAUUGAUAAUGGAAGAGCCAUGAUAGAUCAUCUUUACAAAUCUUCUAAGUUCAAGUUAUCUAAAGAACUUCUAAGCAGUAAUAGUUUCUCUGAGCUGCGUAUUACCCAAGAUGAGAUCAAGAAGAAAUGUCAGGAAGGAGAAGUACUCUCCGUGAAUGGUAUAUCAGGAGUAAUGUUGUUUAGAUUGAAUCUUGUUAACUCUACAUCCUCUGUAAUUGAUAUAGCAUCACUACCAACAUUCGUUGUGGAGACUCUUUCUAUGAUGAAGGCAUGUAAACAAUGUUUAUUACUUUGUUACUCCUAUAAUCUACUGAUUGGGGUUCAAGAUUUUCCAAGAUCUGUUCACAACACAAUCUUUGUGCAGAAGUCUAAUGAUGGAGAGAAUAAGACCAAAUUAGGGAUUGAUCCUGGAGUAAGGAUGGAUGCUAAGGCUGUAUUUGAUCAAGGAUAUUUACAGAGACUGCACCAUGAUCAGCCAAUGUAUCUGUGUGAGCAUAAUGUUCAGAGUAUUGGGAACACCUGCACUCAAUGUGCUCAGCUGGCUCGGGAAAGGAUUCUGAGUGUUUAUAAGAACAGUUUUCUCUUCAGUAGAGAUGAAUCAAUCAGGGGAGUCAACAGUGUUAUCUUUACUCUGGAGUCAGGAUUGAAGAAACAAGAUUACUUCUGGAAUUAUGGAAAAUAUGAGAUCAUAGCUGCUAUCCGUGUCAUGGCUCUUCAGCCCAUGGAUCUACAUCCUCUACAGCUUGCUAAGGAUCCCAGCUUAUACUGGCCAAUUGUUUACUACUAUGGGUCUUUGUACUCUGCGUUGAAGGAAAUCCUGGAUGGAAAGAUGGUUGACAGUAUUUAUGAGAAUAUCCCGAAGUCUACUCCUCUGCCAAAGAGAAAAUAAAUAUAGUUGAUGAGGAACAGUUUGUGAUCAAAUGUGGACACAACUCCUGUGUUUAUCUUGACUGGGAGUUUAAGUUCAAGCAAUGUACCAGGUGUAAGCUGAGACGUUACUGUAAUCCAAGCUGUCAGAAGCUUGACUGGAAAGUACACAAGAAGGAAUGCUUUCUCCGUCCUGGAAUGGAGAAUACAGAUGAUGAGGUGGAUUAGGAGUUAUAAAGAACAGACCUGUUAUACCAGGUACCUUGAGUUUCUGGAUCCAUAUCUUAACACAGAGAAAGAAAUCCGGCAAAUUGUUUUUCACCAAUAUUGGAUAAUAUUCUUUGUAAACUAUUGAUCUCUUAAUAUUUGUAUUUCAAGUUUCUUUGUAAAUUCAUGUUUUAAAAAUGUAGGAGUACAAUUCAUUGUUUCAUUCGUAUUUCCAAAAUCAUUUUUAUUUCAGA